AGUGUUUAUGCCAGCCGUACUCUCUCUCAUUUCUCUCUGCACUCUCAUUCUCUCUGCACUCUCUCUCUCGUUUCUCUCUGCAGUCUCUCUCUCUCGUUUCUCUCUGCGGUAUAUUUACAUACAUAUAUUUUAUUUUUUUAUUUGCCUAGCUUUGCAAUCUCACAUCACUGGAAAUGACGACUAUUGAACAAGGAAAGAGGUGUCCUCUUUGUGCUGAGGAGAUGGACUUCACGGAUCAGCAGCUAAAGCCGUGCGAAUGUGGUUAUCAGGUGUGUGUUUGGUGUUGGAACCAAAUAAUGAACAUGGCUGAGAAAGAUGGGACAGAGGGGCGAUGUCCUGCUUGCCGGACACCUUAUGACAAGGACAAAAUUGCUGGGAUGGAAGCAAACUUUGAAAGAGUUGAGGCCAAUACAAAUCGAAAACAUAAAUCACUAAAGGGAAAGUCAAAAACAAAUGAAGGGAAGAAGGACCUAUCUACUGCCAGGGUGAUUCAGCGUAAAAUGGCAUAUGUGAUUGGACUCCCCCUUAGUCUCGCUGAUGUAGAUUGCUUAAUGCGCAAGGAAUUCUUUGGUCAAUAUGGUAAGAUUUGUAAGAUUUCCCUAUCUCGGAGGGCAAGCGGAGCAAUCCACCAAUAUGUUAAUGACAGUUGUAGCGUAUAUAUUACUUUCUCAAAGGAGGAGGAAGCUGUGCGGUGCAUUCAAUCUGUACAUGGAUUUGUGCUGGAUGGCAGAUUUUUAAGAGCUUCUUUUGGAACUGCAAAGUACUGCCAUGCAUGGUUGAGAAAUAUGCCUUGCAACAAUUCAGCAUGCUUAUACUUGCAUACUCUUGGUGCUGAAGAAGAUACUUUUGGUAGGGAUGAAGUAGCUGCUGUUCAUACAAGGAGUAGGGUCCAACAAAUUGUUGGUGUAACGCAUAAUUUGCAUAGGCGUUCCGGAAGUGUUUUACCUCCUCCAGAAGAUGAACCUUUUACUUACAGUAGUGCUUCUGCUGAGGAGCCAACUGUGGAAAGUGAUGAAAAGGAAAUAUCUGGGGAUGUGGAAAUUUGCAGUGGACACUUGACUGAUUCACAUUUAUCUAAAGAUAAAGAUGAACACAAUGGAGCACCUAACAAAGGUACAGCUUUCGUGGAAGUUGUUGGAAGGCCAUCCAGUUCCAGUAUAGAAAAGGAGGGAAAUGUGGCUGAAGAUAGAGUGGUUGCAAACUUAAGCUUAGAGUUGUCUUCCGUAGAAAUUCACGAAGACAGUCAUGUUGAGGCUGCAUAUUCAGAUCCAAUGAUACAUGCCGCUGGACUCACAAGUAAAAAAGAUAUGAAGGAGCCAUAUGGUGAACCUUCAAUUAGUUGCGGCUUAGGAGGUAAAGGAACUUUAAAUCGUGCAUGUAUAAGAGAGAACUCUGGACCGCAGUCAAAAGGUGACAAAAUGAAAGAAGUUGUAAGUUUUGGUCAGGAAAUUCCAUUAUAUCCUCCAUCUUAUCCUUUAAAGGCUUCAGAAUUUUCUAGUAACCAUAUUGGGCAACAUGGACAAUCUUCUAAUGCAAGUGACUAUAGUGCCAACCUCAACACUGUGCAUGGUAACAAGGAUGCAAAUUUGGUGUUUACAUGCACAAACUCAUUGACUGAUGGAUACAAUGAGAAUAUAUUUCAAAGUUCUGCUAAAUCAGAUAGGAUAUAUAGAAGCUCUAAAUCAUUUUCCAAUGAAGAAAUAGUGGAGCAUUUGAGAAGAAUAGAUGACGUCGAAAGAAUUGUUGGUCAGAAUUCUACAAUAGAUGAUGCAGAGAGGAAUAUACUUUCAAAUAUCAUGUCAAUGAGUGUAAUUGCUGAUGAUCUGGCGACCUUGCAUCCUAGUAUCGUUGGAUCGUUUAAUCACCCUGACAGGCGGCAAGGCUCUUCAUUGAACCUUUAUAACAAUGACCAAUCAAUGUUCUCAUUUGGAAACCAAGAGGACUUUGCCAAUCAAAUCCCUGGUCUGGGAUCAUCUUUCACUGAUGGUGGUCAGGACUCGAUAAAAUUUCCAUUGCCUCGGGGUUUAGAGGAAAGCAAGGACCGCUACUUAUGUAAGCCUCAGUAUCUUUCAGCAUCCAGUGUCGAAGUACCAACUCCCCAAGGAUUCCCCAUGCCAGCGCAAGACGUACCAGGGUUUCGUGCAUGUGAGAGAAGGGAUCAGGUUUUCCAUGCCAACUCUGGGAGUCUCAUGUCCAGGACGAAUUCUUUCUCAAAUAAUCAUCACCAAACACCAAUAGGACGCAGCAACAACACCAGUGAUGUUGGUAUAAUUGAUCAGGCCAUGAUGUCUGUUGGUAGAGGUAAUCCACCAUAUGGUGGAUCAAGCAACUCAGGUUUUGAUACAAGGCCAAAUCAUGCUUCACCAUCAAGUGGUGUUGAUGACGAGGCAAGAGUUUGGCUUCUGAAUCUUUUGAUGCAACAAUCUACUCCUGCAAAUCAGGAUCUGGAACAUCCACAUACUUACAUGCAACAGGCUCCAGCUGCAUAUCAAGCACCAAGAUAUGUUGGUCAAAUUGGAGAUCGCUGUUCUUGGAAUGACAUGUUCCAACAAACUGGUCAGAUUCAGCAGUCAACUAAUACAUCAUCCUACACCCCAUCACAGCAAGAACCCGACCAUGGCAUGUACUCGAAUAGCUAUCAGCCAGCUGUGGAUGGGAUGCGAUUAAGAAAUGAACCGGGUAUGGCAGAAGUAAUGAGCAAUGAGAGAUCAGGUUUUAACAGGUACUGUUCAGGUUAUGGAGAUCAUAUUUUCCAGCCCAGUUCAGGAGAUCGUUAUCCCAGAGUAUUUGGGAUGUAAGUCUCUUCUCACUUGUCACUGGGAAGGAUCCUUCCGGAUGAUGGUACUAUGCGCAAUGUGGUUGGAGCGAAAGUAAAAUAUUAUGGUUGUUGCCCUUGAAACUUUUUUUUUUUUUGGAUUUUGAACUUAGUAUUACAUAUCAGAAAAUUUCUCAUAGGUCCUUUGCUUAAUAUUGUUGUACAAUUUUGGAAGGUUUUUUUUUUAUAAUUAUAAUUAUGUUUUAGGUUGUAGAGUA